AUGGCGACCCUGGCGGAGAAGCUCGAGAAGAUCAAGUCUCCUAAGCUGCAGAAUCAGCACCAUACCGCCGUGGUGCUCUCUGCAGUGGAGGACACUCUUCGCGACCAAAAGGCAGAUUUUUCCCCGACCGCAUAUUUUGCUGCGCUCCUUGCGCUGCUCUCCCAAUCUCUGUCCGCCGACCAAGGCAUUGUUAACAAGGACUUGGCGACGUCGGUCGUCUACCUGCUCGAUAUCACCACCGGCUACGUCCCUGCUCCGAUCCUUCGCUCGAAAUUCUCUCAGAUCCUCACUGGCCUCGCGCCUGCUCUUUCGCUGCCCGAGGUCGAUGCCCCACUCCUGCGACCGUCAAUUGGCUGCCUCGAGUCGCUGCUCAUUGCCCAGGAUGCCGCAGCAUGGAAUCUGCCUCACACCCAGAUCGGUCCUCGCCGAGCGACGGCGGGUCUGCUGAGUCUUUCGGUUGAUCACAGGCCCAAGGUUCGGAAGCGCGCACAGGAUGCCUUGGUUAAUGUACUCAAGACUCCCCCGCCCAGCCCGUCCUUGGACCACCCCGCUGCGGAUAUGUGCGCCGAGUCUGCGAUGAAGACGCUGGGCGAUAGCAUUGAGACUGCCUCUAAGCAGAAGAAGGGCAAGCAUGAUGCACACAAAGAUAACCAUGAGCCUCUCAUUAUCCAUUCGCUCCAGCUGGUCAAGACCAUUGCCACGGCCUCGGGCGGUUGGCCCAGCAAGAAGAUCGAGUCGCUCUGUGAGCUGUUGAUGAAUGCUUCUCGUUCCAGCAAUGAGUACAUUACUAUGGGUGCGUUUGAGGUCUUCGAGGUCAUUUUCGAGGGCAUGGCGGACGAGUUCUCAUCCUCCAAGCUUCCCCGUCUUUUGGACGCCAUCUCCGAGCUGAAGCCUGCACAGAACGACUCGCAGCUUCUUCCACCCUGGAUUGCAGUACUGUCCCGCGGAUACGAUGUGUCUGCUCAGAUCAGCCCUGAAGAUACCUUCGAAAAGCUGCCUGAUCUUUUCCAGUUGAUCUCUGGAUUCUUGGCUUCGCCCUCGCACAACAUUCGCGUGUCCGCUUCCGAGUGUUUGAUCUCUUUCCUGCACAAUUGUAUUCCCAACAGUGUCAUUUUGGAUCCAUCUGUGUACGAUGAAAAGACCCUGGAGAAGUUGGCAAAGGCCGCUAGUGAUCUUCUGUCUGUCAAGUACCAGGCUGCUUGGAUGGAGGUUUUCAAUGUCUGCUCUGCCAUGUUCGACUGCUUCAAGUGGCGAUCUAGCCCCUUCCUUGUCAACCUUGUCACGACUAUCGGUGAACUCCGCAGCAACGAGUCGUUCCACGGAAAGAAGGAGGCUGAUGGCGUCCUCAGCAGUGCCAUUGAAGCAAUGGGCCCUGCAGCUGUUCUUGAGCUUCUACCGCUGAACAUUAUUCAGCAGAAGAACGGACAGCCUGGCCGUGUCUGGAUGCUGCCCAUUCUCCGUGACUCUGUUACGAAUACCGAAUUGCGUCAUUUCCGUUCCGAGUUUGUGCCUUUGAGUGAGGCUUUGUACCAGAAGAUGAUGGAUUUCCGCAGCGCCGAGAAACAUGUGGAGAUGAAAAUAUUCGAAACACUCGUCCAGCAGACCUGGGGCAUCCUCCCCGGAUACUGUGAACUGCCCCUUGACUUGGUUGAGGCCUUUGACCAGAGCUUUGCUGAGCUGCUUUCCAACGUCCUCUACAAGCAAGCUGAGCUGCGCGUCGAUAUCUGUCGCGCUUUGCAAAACCUUGUCGAGUCUAACCAGGCUAUUCUGUCUGUGGAGAGCGAGGAAGAGGAUUUGAUCCUGCAGCGCCGGAUCACCAAGGCUGCUGCCACCAAAAACAUUGCCCAUUUGGCCGGUUUUGCCAGUAACUUGCUGGCUGUGCUGUUCAACGUCUAUAGUCAGACCCUUCCUCACCACCGUGGCUUUAUUCUGCAGUGUAUUAAUGCCUAUCUGAGCAUCACUCCCGAGACGGAACUCAACGAGACUUUCUCCCGGGUUACAUCCAUGCUCGAGUCCUCGCUGGGAGAGGAGCAGCAGCAAGAAGCGCCCCAACAGGGCCAGGCCAACAAGAUGCCCCCGACUUCACACACCCUGAUUGACCUGGUUAUUGCCAUGUCUAUCUAUCUGCCUCGCACCAGCUUCAGCGGCCUCUUCGCCAUGGCGGCCGCUAUCCUCAAUGGAACUUCCCCGAACCCCGAUCAGCAACUCAUCAAGAAGGCAUACAAGCUCAUCCCUCGUCUUGCUUCGACCGAGACGGGUAGCGCUGCUUUGCAAGAGCGCAGCGGCGAGCUGCAGGCUCUCAUGCUGGCCACAUCAGACAAGACUCCCGCGUCCGGUCGACGAGACCGCAUGCUAGCCAUUCACGAGCUGAUCACUCACCUGCCUACCUCUGAGCUCCACUUCAUCCCGGCUAUCUUGUCUGAGGUUGUUCUGGGAUGCAAGGAGAGCAACGAGAAGGCCCGUACUGCAGCUUUCGAUCUGCUGAUCCACCUCUCCCGUCGCACUACCGACGCCGAGCGCAACCCUGAGGGUACCGUGAUUCGUAACUCGCUGGUUUCGCAUAUGCCAGACGACUCGCCCGAUGCCCCUGCCACUAUCGAGGAAUUCUUCACCAUGGUGUCCGCUGGUCUGGCCGGCUCGUCUCCUCAUAUGGUUGCCGCGUCCGUGACUGCCCUGUCUCGCCUCUUCUUCGAAUUCCAUAGCCAGCUCCGCCCCGAGGUUCUCUCUGAUCUCGUGGCUACCGUGGAGCUCUUCCUUACCAGCAAUAACCGCGAGAUCGUCCGGUCUGUCCUCGGCUUCGUCAAGGUUGCCGUGGUCGUUCUUCCCGAUGAGGCCCUGCGCCCCCGUCUCUCGGCCCUUGUCCCCAACCUCAUGGCUUGGAACAAGGAGCACAAGGGUCGCCUCCGCAGCAAGGUGAAGGGCAUUAUCGAUCGACUCGUGCGCCGCUUCGGUGCUCCGCUCAUGGAGAGCCUGGUUGGUGAAGACGACCGUAAGUUGGUCGUUAACAUCCGAAAGCAGCGUGAGCGCAACAAGCGUAAGAAGAAGGAGGGUGCCGCUGGUGAGGAUGACGACGAGGAAGAUGAGAAGCCCGCCCAGCAGCAAUCCGGCAACGCCUUCGACAAGGCCGUCUACGGUUCCGACUCCGAUGACUCGGACGAUGAAUUUGACGACGACGCCAGUGAAAUCGAUGUCGACGAGACCGGGGCCGCUCGCAUUAAGGGUAAGGGCCCCGGCGGCAGGAAGAAGGCUCAGAGCACCCAGUACAUCCGCGAGACGUCUCCCGACGACAACCCGCUGGAUCUGCUGGCACCCGAUGCUCUGGCCAACAUCUCCACUACUAAGCCCAGCCUGCGCUUCCUGAACACCGGCCCGGGCUCGAAGAAGAAGCGCAAUGCCAAGUUUGACGCUGAUGGUCGUCUUCUUCUCGGCGAUGACGACGCUCCUGCCGAUGUCGAGAUGGGCGGUGCCCAAGUCGGUGGCAUCAAUGCUUACCUCGAGGCUGUCAGUGGACCCGACGCUGUCCGCCGCGGCCAGAAGGGUAAGGUCAAGAUGGGCCAAGCCAAGAGAGGCGGUGACGCUAUGGAUUUGGAUGAAGAUGAUGACGCCGCUAUUAAGGAGAGCCUUCAGGGCGGUCGUCGUGGUCUGGGUGCUGCCAAGUCUCACGGCUCUCCCGGCGGAGGCCGUGUCGAGAAGCGCCGCACUCCCUUCAAGGGCAAGGGCGGAGGCAUGAAGGGUGAUGGUGCUCGUGGCCGUGGUGGCUUUGGCGGACGUGGUGGCGGCCGAGGCGGUGCCCGUGGCGGACGUGGUGGCUUUGGUGACCGUGGUGGCUUUGGUGACCGUGGUGGCCGUGGUGGCUUUGGUGAUCGUGGUGGCCGUGGUGGCCGUGGUGGUUUUGGUGACCGUGGUGGCCGUGGUGGUUUCGGUGAUCGUGGUGGCCGGGGUGGUUUUGGUGAUCGUGGUGGCCGUGGUGGUUUCGGCGGCCGCGGUCGUGGAAGCCGGUAA